AUGGGGCAACGCCACAGACAGCACACAUGCAACGGGCGUCGUCCUCGUCCACGUCGUUGGAUAUUUGCAAUUGCCAGCGAAGUAUUAAUGGCAGCAUUUGAAUAACAAUGCAGCGACAGAGGAUUCGAUGUGAAUGGGGAUAUGGAUGGAUGGCGGAUGGCGGAUGGUGGGGCUGUCGACUCCGACAGGGCAAACGACAUGGCAUUGCAAUGCCACCUCUGCGGGGCACAAUUAAUGCCUGGCAACGGACCAAUUUGCGCUGUAUUCGGGAGCCGCCUUCCCUCUCUACGAACAACAAAGUAUCGGAAAAUCCUGCGGAGAAAUGCAUUUCCAGCCCUCGAGCGGCUCUUUUGGCCAGAGUCGGGUCCAGAGGCGGUUUCCAGGAACUUUCCGAUGGCAGCAGCCCACGUAGCAUAAUGAGCACAGAAUUCCUCGGAAUUUCGCCAGUGGACGACUGAGAAGUGAAUUCAUUGAGGGUCUGUGUCUCGGUCUCGGUUAGGAUCUGGGUCUGAGUCUGAAAUAUGCAAACGUCAUUCGGAUGCUGUUAAUUAUGGAUGGGAUCCCUGGGGUUCCUUGGGAGUGUGGGGGGCAGCCCCAAACAGUAAUCCCAGGCACCAUUCUUUUAUAAAUCAACUCGAUUUGAGUGUCAGAUUGUAGUUUGUAUGUGCGAAAAUUUCUUGUAAACAUUUGACAGACAUUUGGGUGUAGAAUGCUCAAAUACGGAUACGUUUGGCAGCUGGUGGUCGUCGUCGUGCUCCUGCAGGUGGAGGGCCUGCGGGGCCAGUGCGCCGACUGUAGCCAGCACUGGGGGUAUCCCUGCAAGGCCAACGUCACGGGAUACUACUGUGCGCCGGGAUCCGCCAUCGACACGGUUCCCUUGGUGCAGUCGGACUACGAGACGAGCACCAUAGAUCCCCUGGACACCUACAGUCAGUGCACGCCGUAUCCCUUCGCUCUCAAUAAAAUCGGGAGCUACUGCUGCGUCUAUUCGCCGAAGAUCGGCUGCCAGGCGGCCAUCAACACCCACAUGUACAAGUACGAGUCGAAUCCCGUGUCCUACUGCAAGCGCUGCAUCGAUCGCUGCCUCUGCGACAUGGGGGACACGGGCCACCGUCGGGCGAGGCCCUGGACAUGGCCCGCACUCCUGUUCGGUGUCCUGGCCAUCACGACGCUGGGGCUGCCCAAGUGGCCCGCAUUCUCGUGAUCUGUGCGAAAAGGAGAGCUGGAAACACCCCCGUUGCAUGCCCCGGAUCAGACAGCAUCCAGUUGCCACAGAAACCAUCAAUUAAGGGCUGGCUUCCAUGAAUCUGCAGAAACAGGACAAGGAGGUGUGUCCAAUCGAAAGGGAAACUUUGCCAACUUUUUGUGCGUGUGUGUGUGUGAGUGUGUGCGUGUGUGUGUCGAAACAGUUGUGAGACGGGAGGCCAUAGAAACAAUCACACAUCCUGGCAUGAGGCUGGAUCGUGGCUCAUCUAUGUUUCUGCUGUGUGUUUGGAGGGUGUUUGGUGGUGCGCGUAUCCCUAAUGAAAUUAAAUGUAUCUCCGCCAGUUGGAUGGCAAAUAAAACGUUUGAAGAGUGGCCAAUA